GGGAUGGGAGGAGCAGCAGAAGAUAGCGGAGCAGCAGAGGCGGCGGCGGCGGCGGCGGCGGCGGCAGCAGCAGCAGCAGCAGCAGCAGCAGCUGCCGGAGAGGGAGGGCUCUGAGGCCACACCCAUCGGCGGGCGGGAGCUGCUCCUGCUGCUGUUGCUGCUGGUUCUGCGGCGGCGGCUCGGAGGCCUGGCUAGCGGACGGGCAAGCGUGCAGGAAGCGGGCAGCGGGCAGCUCCAGGGCCGCUUGGGGAAGGUGGCAGGCGGACAGGCGGGCGGGGGCCCGCUGCACAGAUAGACAGUCGGACAGUCAGUCAGACACACAAGGGGAGCGGCCAGACCGCAGCCCGCGGACUGACGGGAGAGCAGGCGGGCGGCGCCGGGCGGGCCGGAGCGGCGGCUGCACCAAGCCGCCUCGUUCCCCCGUGGCGGGCCGGGCCCGCGGGCCGGGCGGGUAGGCGAGCAGGCGGGCUGCGCGGCCCAGAGCGGAGCGCGGUAGGGCAGGGGCGGGCGGGGCCCGCGGCCGGAGCCGCCACCAUGAUCGCUUUGUUCAACAAGCUGCUGGACUGGUUCAAGGCCCUAUUCUGGAAGGAGGAGAUGGAGCUCACGCUCGUAGGGCUGCAGUACUCGGGCAAGACCACCUUCGUCAACGUGAUCGCGUCAGGACAGUUCAAUGAAGACAUGAUCCCGACGGUAGGGUUCAACAUGCGCAAAAUCACCAAAGGAAAUGUGACUAUCAAGCUCUGGGACAUCGGAGGCCAGCCCCGUUUCCGUAGCAUGUGGGAGCGAUACUGCCGUGGAGUGAGCGCCAUCGUGUACAUGGUGGAUGCUGCUGACCAGGAAAAGAUUGAGGCUUCCAAAAAUGAACUACACAAUCUACUGGACAAGCCUCAGCUGCAGGGAAUCCCGGUCCUAGUCCUGGGAAACAAGCGAGACCUCCCUGGUGCUCUGGAUGAGAAGGAGCUGAUUGAAAAAAUGAAUUUGUCCGCUAUCCAGGACCGAGAGAUCUGCUGCUAUUCUAUCUCCUGCAAAGAAAAGGAUAACAUCGACAUCACCCUACAGUGGCUUAUCCAGCACUCAAAGUCACGGAGAAGCUGAGACAGCGGUCCAUCCCACCCCCGGACCAGGGACCACCAUCGUCCAAAACUAAAGCCACCGUGGUCCCCGCCGGUCCCUGCUGUCUCCCUUCCUCCCGCCCCCUCCUCAUUGUGUGCGGCGAGGGGGGACUCUCUAGGGACCCAGAGUCCUGUUCUGCUGAGGUCUGAACUCCUGUUUUUAUUGUAAAGAAUACUGGCCCCACCUGGACCCGCUAACUUCUCCCCUCCUCUGCCCUUUGUUCCUUUUCCCCAGCCCCCACACCCAUCUCCCGACCUUGCACCACCACUCCAUCCCUUCUCUGCCCUCCCCAACACUGUUCAGUUACUGUCCUGUGUGUACAGUAUAUAUAUGUAUAUAUAUUUUAAUUUUUUAAUUUAAGCAAUGACUAAAAUCAACCAUAUGAUAAUGCCUGGGCCAGAAGGGGAUUAGGAGAAGACAAAAAUCUAUUGGGAGGGAGAAAAGAUAUUGGGAAGGGGAAAUAUCAGGCUUAGAAAACAGGGAAGAGGCUGAUUUCCUGGGGCUGGACCCUGGCCCUGGCAUUGGUAGCCAUUCUGUGCCCCUCUGCUGCCACCCCAUGGGAUUCCCUUCCUUCCCUCCAAGUAGGGAGGGGCUGACUGGCACAGAUCAGUUGCCAAAGACUAUCUAUCUGGCACAGGGGACAAGAUGCCAGCAUUUUCAUUCAGGCUUCCUCCCCCAUAACUCCUUUCCUGCCUGGCCCUGGUCCUUUACCCCCAGAAAGGGCAUCCUGGCCAGCCCCCACUGACCAGCCUGUGCCCUUCUCCCUUGCCCCUGCCCUACCUGGGCCUCCCCAGCUCUUGCCCACCUCCCUUUCUGUUCUUAUUUUGCAGAGUUGCACAAGGAGAGAGCUCAGCAUGGGGGAUUUUGGUUCUUUGGGGUUGGUUUUGUUUUUAUUUAAUGAAUUGUAAAGUGGCAUUUCUCUCCCCUUUUUUUACAAACACUUUCUGGCUCAUAUUGGAUUCCUUCUGUUGGAAAAUGAUUCUUGUAACUGUACAAUUUUUUUUCGGCCUCCUAAUAAUAACGAGAAUAAAUUAACAAUUUUGUGUUGGG